AUGGCUAGGCAGAGAGGAGGAAUGCUCUGUGUUCUCACCCAAGCUGCAUAUAGAGUGGUAUCUGCAUACUGUGGAGAGACCUGCAUACCUCACCUUGUGGAAAGGAUGGCAGGCUCUGACCUCCUGUGGCUGGCCUUGGUGUCCUGCAUUGUGACCCUGGCAUCUACAGGGCAGCAAGGUUACAGAAACCCCACUGACGUCAGUUCCUAUGGGCUGGACUUGGAUUGCGGAGCCACUGGCACUCCAGAGGCCCACUUCUGUUUUGACCCCUGCCAGAAUUACACCCUCCUGGAUGAACCCUUUCGAAGCACAGAGAACACAGAAGAAAUACAGGGUUGUGACCAGGACAUGCGCGGCUGGUAUCGCUUUGUGGGCAAAGGAGGAGUGAGGAUGCCGGAGACCUGUGUCCAGCCGUACCGAUGUCAGACAGCUGCUCCCAUGUGGCUGAAUGGUACCCACCCUGUCCUCGGGGAUGGCAUUGUCAACCGCACUGCCUGCGCCCACUGGAGUGGCAACUGCUGUCUCUGGAAGUCGGAGGUGCUGGUGAAAGCCUGCCCAGGCGGGUACCACGUGUACCGGCUGGAGGGCACACCUGAGUGUAGUCUGAGAUAUUGCACAGACCCCUACACUGUGGAGAAUAAGUGUGAGAAGACCUGCCGCCCUGAGGAGGAGUGCCUGCCUCUCAAUGGCACCUGGGACUGUUUCUGCAGACAGAGCCUCAACGGCUCCGAUGUCCACAAUUUGCAGCCUCAGCUAGACUGUGGGCCCAAAGAGAUCAAGGUAAAUCUGGACAAGUGUUUGCUGGAAGGCCUGGGCUUUGGGGAAGAGGUCAUUGGCUAUCUGCAGGACCGAAACUGCAAUGGCUUCUUGAAAAGAGAGGAGGGGAACUGGAUGUCUAUGAACAGCCCUGUUCAGGCUAGUGCCUGUGGGAACAUUCUAGAGAGAAAUCAAACCCACGCCAUCUACAAAAACACCCUCUCGUUGGUCAAUGAGCUAAUCAUCAGAGACAUGAUCUUCACCAUUAACUUCCAAUGUGCUUACCCGCUGGACAUGAAAGUCAGCCUCCAAACUGCCCUGCAGCCCAUUGUAAGUUCCCUGAAUGUCAGUGUGGGUGGGGACGGAGAGUUCACUGUCAGGAUGGCCCUCUUCCAAGACCAGAACUACACGAAUCCUUAUGAAGGCGCAGCGGCUGUGCUGUCAGUUGAAUCCAUGCUCUAUGUGGGUGCCAUCUUGGAGAGAGGGGACACCUCCCGGUUUAACCUGUUGUUGAGGAACUGCUAUGCCACUCCCACUGAAGACAAGGCUGACCCUGUGAAGUAUUUCAUCAUCAGAAACAGCUGCCCGAAUCAUCUUGAUUCCACCAUCCACGUGGAGGAGAAUGGGAGGUCCUCAGAGAGCCGGUUCUCAGUUCAGAUGUUCAUGUUUGCUGGACAUUAUGACCUAGUUUUCCUGCAUUGUGAAGUUCAUCUCUGUGAUUCCCUUAAUGAACAGUGCCAGCCUUCUUGCUCAAGAAGUCAAGUCCGCAGUGAAGUGCUGGCCAUUGACCUAGCCCAAGUUCUAGAUUUGGGACCCAUCACUCGGAGAGGUGCCCAGUCUCUUGGUGUCAUGAGUGGAACCCCUAGCACUGCAGGAUUCCUGGUGGCCUGGCCCAUGCUUCUAAUGACUAUUUUCAUGGCUUGGCUGUUCUGAGAGCUCAUCUGGAGACCUGGCCUUGAAGUCCAUGUUCUUCCCUCUGGCAGUGUCUCCCCCAAAUGACCAUUUACCCUUCAGCACUGCUGGUUCCCUCCCCACUUAACACAGACAGUUUUGGUAUUCACGGACUCGAGGCCAGGCUAGGUUUAGGGAAAGGAAGAGCUUUCACCUUCUUCAAU